AUGAAGAAAGGCAAAGGCAAGAACAGCAAAUUGCUACCUAAUUCGUUGAGAAUCAUAUCGUCUUGUAUCAAGACGGUGUCGACGAAUGCGAGCACAGCCGUGCGCUACGCCGGUGCCACAGUAGCCGCCUCCAUUUCGUCUUCGGCCGACGGUCUCAAAGAACAGGUUUUAUGGGCUGGCUUUGACAAAUUAGAGCUUGAUCCAGCUGUCUUCGGACGUGUUCUCUUACUUGGUUAUCAGAAUGGUUUUCAAGUUUUUGAUGUUGAAGAGGCAUCUAGUCUAAGUGAAUUGGUUUCCAAACGUGAAGGUCCAGUUACAUUCUUACAGUUGCUUCCUCUUCCUGCAAAAUGUGAUGUUGCUGAAAAGUACAAAUCAUCAUAUCCCCUGAUGGUUGUUGUUGGGGGGGAAGAGAUUGACAGACCCAGCAUGGUUCAGAACAAUAGCUAUGGGUGUGGCAGAUAUGGUUCUGCUGUCUCAAUCUGGGAGCUUUAUUGGCCCUCCAACGGCUGUUAG